AUGAACUCCCUCUGGCCCUCGAGGCCCUCGGCCGACGCCUCGGCGGCGCCUGGCAGGCCGGCAGAAGACGCGAGCGCCGCCGCCGCCAUCGCAGACGUCGGUCCCGACCAGCACCAGCCCAGCAGGCCGACCGCCGGUCUCCCAUCCCGCCCCGCCCUGCAGCGCGGACAGCAGCCCCCUCCGCCCGCCGUCCCGCCUCCGCCGUCGCAGCCCGCGCCGUCGCCCGGCGGCGGUCCGCAGCAGCCGCCGGACUCGCUCUCUCUCGCGCAGCUGCGCCGCAUCGUGGCCGAGUUCCCGCGCUCCGAGCCCGUCGCCUACGACUUUGUGUACGAGGACCAGGCUCCGUUCGAGGAGGAGGUGGACGAGUGGUUCGUCUACCAGUUCUGGCAGUGGGUGCGCCUUAACUCGGUGCAGAAGAGCUUCGAGCACGAGUGGGAGCAGGUCUUUGGCGCCGACACCGCGUGGGAAGCUGCCGACGCCGCCAAGAGGAGUCGGUUCGUCGCAGAUGCGCUGGCGGGUAUCAGGGCGCCAGAGGUAAAGGAGCGGGCGAGGUGGAUACCCAUCUUGCUCUAUCUCGUCCUGGGGAGAUGGGGAGCUACAGCUGGCGGUGCCUAUGCAGGGGCGAGAAGGGACGAGAAGAUCAAAUCCGUGGCGACUGCUGCCCAGCUCGAAGCCAUGAAGGAGGCGGCCAGUAUGAUUGCGGACCUCGGAGGUGUUCCGACAAUCUGGGAUGCAUUGAGAAAUGCGUUUGAGCCUUUGUGGGGCGACUUGCAACCUGUGCAGACAAGCCCGCUGCAGGAAUCGCAAGAUGAAUGGACGAAUUUAAUGACCGUCAUGUACAUGCUGGUGCAGCAAGCUGUCAGCAGUCCGCAAGAUAUGAAGGACCUCCGGGAGAAGCUUGUCUCUUUGAACCCAAGCAUACUCUCUUUCAUGAUGGAUACGACUGCCAGGCUACGAUGGGACGAAGGAGGGAUGAUACCCCAAGGCCAGGUGUUUAUGCUCUUCUGGAAAGCCUUGUUACUUGUUUUCGGCGGCAUUGAAGACGUAGCGGAGGUCAAGAGAGCGACUAGUGAAUCGACUCUGGAUGACAAGGAGAAGGAUCUCAUCAUGGCAUCCCCGUUGGAUUACCACGUCUUCCGCCAGGAGAUCACUUCAAAAUACCCUGCUUAUAUACCCCCGCAACCUGUGAUACCCUUAGAGGCGGAGAACAACUCGAUUCUGCUGCCGCUCCAGAACAACUCCUCACGGAACAAUGGUUCUAACGGCAUCCUCCCCGGCCCACCUAACGCACACGCCGGGGGCGCUUCGAUUCUGCACCAACCAGUGCACAUCGCAACCCCGGCCCCGUCACCGCCGCCAUCGCCGGGUGUUGGUGGUAAAGGCGGUAAGAAGCAAAACUAUCAAACGAACCAGAACUUUCCAUUCAUGUAUCCGCCAUUGGAUGCUACUAGCAAUGGCGCCGGCGGGAAAGGCCUUGCAGGCCUGCAAGACCUUCUCGUCGGCCGCAAAUGGGAAGGCAGCGAUGUGCCGGCCUCUAUCCUUGAAGCAGGCGAGCUCUUCUCCAAGCGAGUACGUAUGAAUCGGGCAACUCGACAGCUCUGGGAGGAGCGCGAAAGGUUCAUUCGGUUCGAAAGAGGCUGGGACGACAGCGUAGACGAGGAUCUCAUCGAGGAGCUUGACCUGUCGUCACUCAGUCUUAGCGAGAAAGAAGAACUCGGACUGGUCAAGCCAAAAGAGGGCAAGGCCGGCAUGCCCGCGCCGGAAGUAGACUACGGGCCUCAUCCAGAUGAGGUUGAUGAGCGGAUCAAGAGGAAGCUUGAUGAGCUCGAAAAGUUCUAUGGCGAAUCGCUUCCACAGCUGCAAUCACUCGUGAUUGUCCUAAUGAAGGUGAUGCUCGUGAACGUGGCUGUCGCCAUGUCGCAAGGCAGCGCUCUCCAGCCUCAUCCCGGGAUGGGGGGGCCCAACAACGGCGGGCGGUUGAAUAGCAUGAUGGAAGCCGCAAACGCUAUCAAUGGUUCUGGAGCAGAGGGUGAGACAUCUGCCGAAGAGCUCGAUGCGGCAAGGACGAGAGAGAUCAACACGAAAGCGGUCUCUGGGAUUCUCCUGCUCCUGUUGAAGUGGUUCAAGGUCUCACACGUACUCAAGUUUGAGUAUCUGACACAGCUUUUGCUGGACUGCAACUACGUUCCAGUCCUUUUGAAGCUGUGGGCUCAUCAGGAUGUGCAGCAACUGGUCGAUAGCAAGACCGAUCGUCUCGAGAACAGCUUCUUCUACUUCUGUAAUGUCAGAGCUGGCGCUCCCGAGAAACCCCAAGAGGACACGGAUCAGGCACCGCAAGAAGAGCCGCCGGAAGAGGAAGAAGCAAGUGAAGACGAAGCUGCUCCGCCCCCAAUAAAGAGGCGCCGGUCACCUCCCCGGCCUCAAGCGCAGCAAUCCAAUAACUUUGUGCCCAACAACGGAGAUCAGACGGGCCCAACGCGCCCCGAGGUUGACGAGCUCGGCUAUCCCCUAAACGAUCUCCCCAACGAGCCCAUCACGGACUUUUCGCGCCGCAACUUCUUCAGCCUCAUCAACCUGCUGCGGGUGAUGCAGAAGAUCUGCAAGAACAAGGCCCACCGCAACCUGCUGCUGGUCCACUACAAGUCGUCCAACUUCCUGCGGCGGAUGCUCAAGGUGCCGCAGCCGGAGCUGCGGCUGUACACGCUGAAGCUGUUCAAAAACCAGGUGCCCUACUGCGGGCGCAAGUGGCGGCAGGGCAACAUGCGGGUCAUCACGGCCGUGUACCUGCACUGCCGGCCCGAGCUGCGAGACGAGUGGCUGGCGGGCUCGGACGUCGACGCCGAGGUGGAGGAGGCGCUCCCCCUGGAGCAGGCGCUCCGGAGCCUGACGCACUGGUUCAACGUGCGGCGGUACCCGGACAAGAUGGCUGCCGAGGUCAGGGCGGCGCUGCGGGAGGAGCAGGACUUCUUUGUGCGCGAGCUGGACAAGCUCGACCUUCAGUGGGGCGAGGUGGGAGAUGGCGAGAGCGUGAUGAGCGAGUGGGACGGCAUGCCGGGUUGA